AUGAGCGUGAGAGUGCAGAAACAACAAAAAUGUAUCAACUGUGGUCAUACACAGUUUGACGUGAAUAGAUACACGGCAGCUGGUGAUGUGUCAUGUCUCCGAUGCGGUACAGUUCUUGAAGAAAAUCCGAUUGUGUCCGAGGUCCAGUUUGGUGAAUCCUCUAGUGGUGCUGCCAUGGUUCAGGGUGCCAUGGUUGGCGCGGAUCAGGCUAGAGCAACUUUUGCCGGUGGAAGACAAAAUGCCAUGGAGAGUAGAGAACAAACGAUAACCAAUGGGAAACGAAAGAUUAGAAGAAUAGCUGCUGCUUUGAAAAUACCAGAUUUUAUUGCCGAAGCCGCUGGAGAGUGGUUCAAACUAGCGUUGACUAUGAACUUUGUGCAAGGAAGACGGUCGAAUAAUGUGUUGGCUACUUGUCUUUACGUAGCGUGCCGUAAGGAAAAAACGCCACACAUGUUGAUUGAUUUCAGUUCAAGAUUACAAAUAUCGGUCUACUCUUUGGGUGCCACUUUUUUGAAAAUGGUCAAGGCACUUCACAUAACAUCGUUGCCAUUGGCGGAUCCUUCUUUAUUCAUACAACACUUUGUCGAGAAAUUGGAUUUCAAAGACAAGGCAACGAAAGUUGCCAGAGAUGCAACAAGGCUAGCGCAGAGAAUGUCUGCUGAUUGGAUUCACGAAGGAAGGCGACCGGCAGGUGUUGCAGGUGCGUGUGUUUUGCUUGCUGCGAGAAUGAACAAUUUUAGAAGAAGUCAUGCUGAAAUUGUGGCCAUCUCUCACGUUGGACAGGAAACAUUGCAAAGAAGGUUGAAUGAGUUUAAAAAGACCAAAGCGGCUCAGUUGUCAGUGCAGAGGUUCCGUAAUGACGAAGAGGUGGAAAGUGCCAACCCACCUUCCUUUGAAAAGAAUCGAAGGAAUGAAUUGAGAAUAGCCCGUACUUUGCAGAGACAACAACAGGAGACUUUUAGCGAUUUGGAUAGCAUGACGGAGGAUGAGAAAAUCCAGUACCUUGGCGAUCUUUCCAAAGACGAACAACAGAAGCAAAUAUUAAUGAAUACGAUAAUGAGUGACAUCACCAUCAACAAGGACUUGAUAAAUGACCAAAUUGAAAGGAUUUUAAAAUCCAAACGUAACAAAAUGGAGCAGUCACUAUACAAGACUCCGCACGAAUUAGCUAAAGAGAAAAUAGAGGAGGAUGAUUUGGACAAGAUCUGGAACUUGAAUUGGCCGAAAAACUUGGUUAAAAACUUGCCCACCACUGAAGAUGUACUUAAACUAGUAUCUUCUGAAGCGGAAUUGAAUUCAGACGACGAUGAUGCCGUGGUGGAAGAGAGCCAAAUGACGCCGGAAGAAGUUGCUAUGAAGGAGCGAAUUUGGACGGGACUCAACCAUGACUACAUGGUGGAACAGGAACGCAAAAGAUUGAAGCAAGAGGCUGAUGAGAUGACCGGAAACACGUCUGCUAAUACAGCUGCUAGUCGCCGCAAAAGACAAAGAUCCUCAGUACCGCCAGAAAUCCAGAAAGAAAUUGGUGAUAUUGUUUUGGAUGAAGAUGGAACUCCCAAAAGUGCCGGCGAUAGUGCUAAAAUGUAUUUUUCAAAAACAUCGGUAUCAAGAAAGAUCAACUACGAGUCAUUGCAAGGUUUAUUUGGGGAAAAGUUUUAA